AUGUGUGUUUAUCCUUGUUUUGCAGUUUUUACCGCAUUUCCUACCGCUAUUUUUAAUGACAAUGCUCGAAUUUCAAUGCUUUCUGGUGACAAUUAUACUGAAUGGAAGGAGAAAGUCCUUCUCACUUUAGGGUGCUCGGAUCUGGAGCUGGUACUCCGUGUGGAUGAACCACUUAUUCCCAAGGAAUUAAGUACGCCAGCGGCUAAGGCUGAUUAUGAGCGGUGGGAGCGAUCUAAUCGCUUAAGUUUAAUGUUCAUCAAAGCCCACAUAAGCCAAAGCAUUAGGGGUUUUAUCCCUAAUAGCGAUAAGGUCAAAGCUUACAUGAAGGCAAUUGAUGAACAAUUUGUAAGCUCUGACAUGGCAUUGGCCAGCACCCUUAUGAAGAGGCUCUGA